ACAAUUAGUAAGCUUAGGCAGCCACUAGCUACUACAGUCUUCCUCUGACUUGCAUAUUCGGGCAUAGCCAAGAAUUAACUUUUCCUUUAGGCCAGACUAAAUUAGACCCACUUGUAUUAUGAAAUCAAUAUAUAAACUGAACCCUCAUCUUCAAAUUGUACCUUGAGAGUGCCUUUGUUUUCUUUUCUUUCAUAAAAAACCUUGAGAGAAAAAAUGGAGAGAAAAAGCAAAAGAAUGAUGACGGUGCUGUUGCUUUCGCUAGCCAUGCUUGCGACAACUUUUCAAGAGUGUCUCUCGGAUUCAAGUCAGCCUCCAAGCAAGCGAAUGUCAACCAAGUCAACGCCUCCUCGAAAUGCUGGCUCAACUAUUGUUUUUCCUAUUACCGGGAAUGUUUAUCCUCAUGGGGGCUACUCUGUGUCUCUUCAAAUAGGCAACCCACCCAAGAACUUCGAGCUUGAUUUUGACACUGGCAGUGACCUCACUUGGGUUCAAUGUGAAGCACCUUGUCAAAAUUGUACGCAGCCUCGCGGUUCUCUCUACAAACCCAAUAACAACUUUAUCUCCUCUGACGAUCCCCUUUGCAAAGCUAUUCAAGCGUCGGGAAAACCCCUGAAUAAGAGUCCAAAUGACCUAUGUAACUACAAGAUUGAGUAUGCUGAUCAUAGUUCAUCCCGCGGAGUGUUGGUUAGCGACCAGUUUUCUCUAAGACCUACCAAGGGCUCUCAGCUUAGUCCCCGUUUAGGCUUCGGAUGUGGAUAUGACCAAAAAUAUUCUGGUCCAUACCCUCAUCCGUCUACAGCUGGGGUUCUUGGUCUCGGCAAUGGCAAAGCAGGCAUUAUGUCACAAAUGAAUGCCCUGCAUCUAACACGGAACGUUUUAGGACAUUGUUUAAGUGGGCAAGGAGGAGGUUUUCUAUUUCUGGGAGACGAUUUUGUUUCACCUUCAGGCAUAGUCUGGACACCAAUGUCACACGGUUCGUCGGGGAAACAGUACUCGUCGGGACCGGCAGAACUUCUAUACGAUCGUAAGGCUACUGGUGUAAAGGGCCUUCAAGUAAUUUUUGACAGUGGCAGCACCUACACCUACUUUGAUCCCCAAGCUUACAAAACCACCCUGGACAUGGUGAGAAGAGAAUUGAGUAGAGAUUUGAAAGGGAAGCCAUUAAUAGAAACGAGAGAUCCAGCCCUCUCGAUCUGCUGGAAAGGCCCAAAACCUUUCAAAACUGUUAGUGAUGUCAAGGACUACUUCAAGCCCCUGCAGCUGAGCUUCACAGUGGCGAAAAAUGCCCUCCUGGAGCUAUCUCCUGGAGCUUAUCUCAUUGUCUCAGAACUUGGAAAUGUGUGCUUGGGAAUUUUGAAUGGUGCUGAAGCAGGGCUGCAAGAUUUAAACCUUAUUGGGGACAUUUCUAUGCAAGACAAAUUGGUAAUCUACAACAACGAGAAGCAGCAGAUUGGAUGGGUUUCUUCAAAUUGCAAUAGGCUACCCAAGCCCUGAGCAAUUAGAUGGUUGAAGAAAGCUCUCUCUGCAUGAAUCAGUUUGGGGAAGAAAAGUUAAACAUAUUUCAUUAGCUAAAAGAAAUCAAUGUAAAGAACAUUCCCCUAUUCCCACCAUCCACUAAGAAAUAAACAAAUACAAAUGAAAAUUUUCUCCA